AUGCUGGGGCCCUUGCUGAGUGGCUCUCUGUUGUGUUUCCUUGCAGUCGGCACGCUGCGGGUGGAGUUUUCCCAGCCUGUGAACCUGGAAGAAGUGUCGAGAACAAACCCUGAGGUGAAAACAGGAGGUCGUUUUGCUCCCAGGGACUGCACAGCACUUCAGAAAGUAGCAAUUAUUAUACCGUUCAGGAAUCGCGAGGAACACCUGAAAUACUGGCUCUAUUACCUGCACCCAAUUCUGCAAAGGCAGCAGCUGGACUAUGGAGUGUAUGUGAUCAAUCAGGAUGGAGAAGAAGAAUUUAACCGUGCUAAACUGCUGAAUAUAGGAUUCGCAGAGGCUUUGAAAGAGUAUGACUAUGAUUGCUUUGUGUUUAGUGACGUAGACCUAAUCCCAAUGGAUGACAGGAACACCUACAAAUGUUACAGCCAGCCGAGGCACCUCUCUGUGUCCAUGGACAAAUUUGGAUUUCGGUUGCCUUACAACCAGUACUUCGGAGGUGUGUCUGCUUUGAGUAAAGAGCAGUUUACGAAGAUCAACGGGUUCCCCAACAACUACUGGGGCUGGGGUGGCGAAGACGAUGACAUUUACAACCGGCUGGUAUUUAAAGGAAUGGGGAUAUCUCGGCCGGAUGCAGCCAUUGGGAAAUGCAGAAUGAUUCGUCAUUCCAGGGACCGUAAAAACGAGCCCAAUCCAGAAAGGUUUGACCGAAUUGCUCACACAAGGGAGACAAUGAAUUCUGAUGGCUUAAAUACACUAUCAUACAAGGUGGUAAAAAAUGACAAAUACCCUUUGUACACAAAGAUCACAGUGGAUAUUGGCUCGCCAAAUAGCUAACAUCACAGACACAAGAGAGACCUUGUAUGUGUUGCCCUGGACAUCUGGCCUUGCCAGUGUUUUGUAUCUACUGGUUCUUUUGCAGUUGCAAUGAAGAAAAAGAAGGGACUCUUCUGGUAUGCCAAAGCCUCUCCAAUUUGGUUGGACAAAUGCAGGUUUUUUAUAUCCCAAACUUGACUGUACACAACUUUCUAGCUCUCCAUUGCUUUGUAAUUCCAGAAGUUGUACGUGAGCAUUGUAGAUAAUCACAUUACCAGAUAAUGUUGA